GUGUUGCACUCCUUCCGAGACGCCGCCAUUCGGUCCCGCUCCCGGUCGACCGAUUCCAGCCACCGAAAGAUAUCAUAUCAGACGGUUUUUGGACGGUGUCAGGGGCCCCAGAAACAAUGGAAGAGUCUACAGCUCCCUCUGGCGUGGCCCCGGGUGCCGAGGCAGGUGCUGUGGGGGGUGAGGGUGUGUCCGCCCCCCCCCACCCGGAGUCGGAGGCUCCCGGAGCUUUUGCGGUGGCCGGUGCCGCGUCUCCGCCGUUGGCAUCAGCUCAGGCUCCUCGCCUUUCGGCUCCCAGGCCUCACAGCCGUCGAUCGGUGAGCUUGGGGUCCGCCCCGCCCGCAGUGGGAGGAGCCAGGCCUCCCAGUCGGGAACGCCACAGCGGCGGCGGCGCCUGGACCAAGCAGAUCCUCUGCAGGUAUUAUCUGCACGGCCAGUGCAAGGAGGGAGACGGCUGCCGCUACUCCCACGACCUCUCCGGGUGGCGGAGGGCCAGGGGGGGCCAAGACGCCCAGCCUCGGGCCUCUGCAGAUAGAGGGCCCAAGAUGGCCACUCGCAGGGAGCCCCCGACUCAGGAAGAGGCGGGAGCCCCCCCGACUGCAUCCUUCAGCGGCUCCUGGCCUCCGAUUGGCUCGGCUGCCGAAGGGGGCUUCCCCGAAGCUGAGAUUGACAAUGCUGGCAUUGGCUCGGCUGCGGAGGGGGGUUUCCUUGCCGCUGAGAUUGACUAUGCAGGCGCGGCUGCUGCUGCGGGAGGAGGAGGAGCAGCGGCUGCUGCUGCGGGAGGAGCGGCUGCUGCUGAGGGAGGAGCGGCUGCUGCCGCGGGAGGAGCGGCUUCUGCUGCGGGAGGAGCGGCUGCUGCUGCGGGAGGAGGAGGAGGAGGAGCGGGUGCUGCAGGCUGGGAGGGGGCAAUCGAGUUCGUCCCCGGCCAGCCCUACCGAGGUCGCAUGAUCCCCCCGCAUGGUCCCGAGGCUCCUCUGCCGAGCCCGGAAGUUGAGAGAAAGCGCGUGCCUGUGCACUUUGGGUCCCCGCUGCUGCCGCCGCAGCCGCUGCCGCUUUGCCGCUUCGCUGCCCGGGGAGAGUGCCUCCGUGGGGAGAAUUGCGCGUACCCCCAUGGAGAGAUAUGCGACAUGUGUGGGGAGCCGGCUCUGCACCCUUGGGAUCCACACCAGCAGGAAGACCAUAGGAGGGCCUGCGUGCAAGCCCAUGAGAGAGAUAUGGAGCUCUCCUUUGCUGUGCAGCGCAGCAUGGACAAAGUGUGUGGCAUCUGCAUGGAGGUUGUCUAUGAGAAAGCCGACCCCAGCGACCGCCGCUUUGGCAUCCUUUUCAGCUGCAACCACACCUACUGUCUUAGGUGUAUCCGCAGGUGGCGGAGUGCCACACAGUUUGAGAACAGGAUCAGUAAGUCCUGCCCACAGUGCAGGGUCUCCUCUGGCUUUGUCAUUCCUAGUGAGUUCUGGGUGGAGGAGGAAGAGGAGAAGGAGAAGCUUGUUAAGCAGUAUAAGGAUGGAAUGAGCCAGAAAGCCUGCAGGUAUUUUGCCGGAGGCCUAGGUCACUGCCCAUUUGGAGAAUACUGUUUUUACAAGCAUGAAUACCCUGAGGACUGGCUAGAUGUGUUUCAGGGGCCAGAUGGCGGUGGUGGAUGGUCAAACGCAUACUGGCAUCACGUUUUGGAGCCUGUGCAGUUGCGAGAGGGAAAAGUGCUGCUUAAAAGCCGCAAAAAGGAGCGUGCUGUGCUUCGCCUGGGCAAUCAGUUGCUUAAGAAGUUGCUUUGCCUGAGAGGCAGUUUUUCCUUCUCUGAUGACCGGUGGCUCUUGCUUCAGUACCAGCUGGAAGAGUAUUUCAAUUUGAAUCUGUAGUAUCAUGCUAUUGCAUGUGGUCUAGUCUGCUAAGGCUCUGUUGUCUGCUGUUGCUUACUUCCCUCUAUUGACUGACAAACCUAUUGCUUUCAAAGGCUGUUGAGGCAAUCUUUAUGCAGUACUGCUGUUUUCCCGAUUUCUUCUCACUAGGAUUGUGAUGUUUCUCUGUGUUACAAGAUAAUAAGAAAUCUUAAAAGUAUUGUUUGGUGGAAUUAAUAUUUCUGUCAGCUGAUGACUUGUGGUGUCUUUUUUUCCAACAGGAUUCAAUCACUUCUAGUCUAGUGUUUACAGUUUCUCAUUGUGAAGUCCCUUAAGAGUAAAUGUGACAAGGUGACAAAAGUCUUUAAUUAAAUUAUGAGCUUUUUGCUAUAUAGCCUUAAAAAGAAAAAUGCACCCUUACAGGGCCUUGCAGCUGCUUGCUGUCUGUGUUUGUUUACAUGUCUGUUUUUUCCCUUCUCUUUCAAGUGCAAUUGUUAACUUGUGGUUACUUUGUGGUUCUGUUUGACUUGACCAAAAUGAGGUGCAUAUGUUUACAUGUUUUUAAUCCUGUUUGGCUUGAUGUGAAAUUAUUUAUAUUUGGAAAUAUAUAUUUAAGAAUGAUAUAUAUGCGUAUAUGUAUACAAAGAUGUAUUUGAGAAAAACUGGAAACAAAUAAACACCAUAAUAUAUAUGUUUGAAGUAAUGAAAUAAAUGCAGAACUGAAAGCCUAAUGUUAAAUUCUAGGUGUACGGACUGUGUGUGAAUUUUGUGGACACUGAUGUCAGUGAUUAGCAUCAAUAAAAAUGACUGCCUUGUG